AUGGUGAAUGAAUUUCUGGAUAAAGUUGAGGAUAAUACGGCUGUGUGCGCAUGGUCAGAGAAGUUACAAUCAGAGAAAGGGGAUAGCCUGGCAGAAGGAUAUACAUCAGAGUUACAGAAAUUCACUCGCAUCAAUGUAGACAAGCAUCUGUUCCUAGUUAUGGCUCAAUUUUGGAACUCUGCUUACAAUUGUUUCACUUUUGGGGAAGUGGAUUUGGUGCCUACCAUGGAGGAAUAUACUACCUUGCUGAGGUUUCCAAAAGUUCAAGUCAGGAAAGCUUAUGCUAAGGUUUUUAAUGGUCAAACUUUUGCGAAGAAAUUGAUGACUAUUUCAGAGAUGAGUGAGCCUUGGGUCACUGCUCAAAUUCAACAAAAGGGGGAUAGUAAAUAUAUUCCUUGGGAGAAUUUGAGAGAGUUAGUUUUAACACAUCCAGAUGAAAGGAAGAGGGUCGACAUCUUUGCCUUAAGCAUCUAUGGAUUGGUGAUUUUUCCUAAGGCUUUAAGGCAUGUGGAUAAGGCAAUCACUGACUUAUUUGAUCGUCUUGAGAAGGGAAUCACACCUGUACCUGCAAUACUGGCUGAGACGUUCAGAUCUUUGAGCAUGUUUCGGAGGACAAGCGAAGGUCAAUUUAUUGGAUGUGCACAGCUGUUGAUGGUAUGGUUUCAUGGGCAUUUUUGGAAAGUAAAUAAGGUUUCUUAUCAGGUCUUCUCUGAAAGCUAUUCCCCAUUAAAGAAGGAGGCAGCUAUGCAAAGGAGUGAUGAUAUUUUAGAGGAAAAAUGGAUGGAAAUUCUUCAAAAUCUCAAGGAGGAGGAUAUAGAAUGGAGAGCUUUUUGGAUGGUUCCUGAUGAGAUCCUGUACCGAUGUGGGAACUUUGACUGGGUAUCAUUGUCAAGAAUUUGGGGAGCUACUGGAUAUACUCCUUUUCUUGCAUUAAGGCAGUAUAAAUCAAGGCAGUUCAUACCCACAACUAACGGGCUUGCUCAGUAUGAAUUCCCAUAUAAAGGUGACCAUUAUAAGAAAAAGGUUCGGGAAAUAUCUGAUACUCUGAAGCAAACUCGUUGGAUGAAAAGGUUGGCUGUCGAUUCUAUGACAACACCUGAAUAUAGUGAAUGGUUUAGGAAAACGGUCAAUGGUAAUAUUCUUAGACCAAGCUUAGAAGGCACUCGACCAAUGGAGGAAUAG